AUGUCUAAGCCUACCGCCGACAUCCACACCAUCGAGCAGGUCGAGAAGGGCCACGCGGAGCAUGUGGAGGACACCGACAGCCUCAAGCAGCGCGAUCUUGACGUCGACUAUGAUGCGCAGGAGGAUCAGCCACGGGUGGGGAUACGCAAGUUGUUGAGGCGGAACCCGAGCUACGAGUUCAUCAGGGAUGUCGCGAAGAAGGACCAGGAGGAGCUUGAUCCUGUUCAAGUACGACGUCUUGAAAAGAAGUUGUUCUGGCUCAUCGUCCCCGCGCUCUGCAUGGACUACAUCUUUUACUAUGUCGACAAAACUACUCUAUCUUAUGCCGCUCUCUUCGGUAUCAGAGAGGACCUCGGGCUCAAGGGCACCCAAUACUCAACCCUCUCCUCCAUCUUCUACGUCGGUUGGCUCGUCUGGGCCAUCCCCGGUAACCUCCUCAUGGCCAAGUUCCCCCUGUCCAAGUACCUCGCCGUCAAUAUCUUCCUCUGGGGUGCCUUCCUCAUUGCCCAGGGCGGUGCUAAGGACUUUAAGGACAUGCUCAUUCUCCGUAUCGUCUCUGGUGCUUUCGAAGCGGUCGCCAAGCCUGGGUUCAUGGCCAUCACUGCUAUGUGGUUCACACGUAACCAGCAGCCUAUCGUUACUGGGUGCUGGUACGCCUCGCAGGGUAUCGGAAUCGGGCUGGGCGGGAUGAUCGGCUACGGUAUUGGGCAGAUCAAAGCUUCCAUCCCCGCAUGGCGCUACGAGUUUAUCAUCAUCGGUGUCGCCUGCGCUGUCUGGGGUAUCGUCAUGGGCUUCAUCAUUCCCGACUCGCCCUACAGCACCAAGCGCUUCACCCGGGAGGAAAAGAUCGUCAUCAUGUCGCGCAAGCGGGCCGACUACCACGCUGUCGACAAGCGUCAGACCAAGUGGGACCAAGUCAAGGAGACUGCUCUGGAUGUCAAGACCUACCUCUACUUCCUCCUCGGUCUCACUGCCAAUAUCCCCAACGGCGGAACAUCGAACUUUGGUACCCUCAUGACCCGCGGCUUUGGCUUCAACACGCUCAACACCACCCUCCUCCAGAUCCCGUAUGGUCUCAGCCAGACUCUGUUCAUCGUCGCCGCUAUCUGGAUCAAUCACAAGACCGCCAAGUACAAUAUCCGGACAUACCUCAUGGCCGCGGUGACUUGUAUCCCGGUGUUCGGCUUUGCCAUGAUGGCGUAUGGGCAGAACCAGGGGACCAAGCUGCUUGGUUACUACUUUACCGGUGCUUCCAACGCUGUCUUCUCGCUCAGUCUGUCCAUCGUCACCGGAAACACUGGCGGCAACACCAAGAAGCUCCUCCUCUCCGCUAUCAUCUUUGUCGGUGUUGGAGUCGGCAAUAUUGUCGGGCCGUACGCGUUCUUCGAAGCUGAGGCACCACGCUACACCACCGGCAUCAUCGUCUGCAUGAUCUCCCGUAUCGCCGAGAUCCUCGUCAUUCUCGCUUUGCGUCUCACCUUCACCAUCCCCAACAAACGCCGCGACAAGCUCUUUGCCGAUGGUGAUGAGCGAUACGACCCCAACGUCACUACUUACGAGGACGUCACCGACAAGCAGAACUUGCACUUCCGUUAUCUUUCAACGCUCGCAUCGUCCUCGCCAGUCCUCGCCCCGCACAAGCCCGCGCAAGCCGGUCUCGAGAAACAAGCAUGGCAGCGGCCGCCAUUUGCACAUCUCGGCUCCUGGUAA